UACAGGAGGGGUGGCCAUAUUGGUAUUGGAGUUGAUUAAAGAUUUGUAAGUUAGUUUAUUUAAACAUAAACAGAAGCCGCCUUUGUGAUUGAAAGUUUAUCAUCUUAGUGACAUUUAGACUUGUUAUUGUGAUCGUUUGGAAAAAAAGGUUUUAAAAUAAUAAAAAAAAAAACAUGUCUGGUGGUCCGUAUAAUUAUUCAUACAUUUUUAAGUAUAUCAUAAUUGGUGAUAUGGGUGUGGGCAAAUCUUGCCUUUUACAUCAGUUUACAGAAAAGAAGUUUAUGGCUGAUUGCCCACAUACUAUUGGAGUAGAAUUUGGAACUCGAAUAAUUGAAGUUUGUGGUCAGAAAAUAAAGCUUCAGAUUUGGGACACAGCUGGUCAAGAAAGAUUCCGUGCUGUAACUCGUAGUUACUAUCGGGGAGCAGCAGGUGCUCUAAUGGUUUAUGAUAUCACUAGGAGGAGUACUUACAACCAUCUCAGUAGCUGGUUGACUGAUGCUCGAAACCUGACAAAUCCCAAUACAGUUAUAUUUUUAAUUGGAAACAAGUGUGAUCUAGAUGCUCAGCGUGAUGUUACAUAUGAAGAAGCCAAACAGUUUGCUGACGAAAAUGGUUUGAUGUUUGUAGAAGCUAGUGCAAAAACAGGAGAAAAUGUAGAAGAAGCUUUUCUAGAAACAGCAAAGAAAAUAUACCAAAAUAUUCAGGAUGGAAGUUUGGACUUAAAUGCUGCUGAAUCUGGUGUUCAGCAUAAACCCACUGCUCCAAGAAAUGCUCUGAGUAAUGACCAAACGCCUAACAAAGAUGGAUGUGCAUGUUAAUUGUUUUCUAGUGUGUUGCAAGAGGUAUCAAGCAUCCAUUGAGACUGUUGAUUUGAUAAUUGUCUUUGCUGCAGCUACACUUUUGUAGCACUGAUGGUUUAAUAUUACCACUUCUUGAUACCAUCAUUUGCAGCUCUAGUUUUUUCACGUUGAAAGGGGAAUUUUGAACAUCUCAUUUUUUUUUUGUCAUGUUAGUUUUGUGAUUUGAUUCAGAGGAACUUUCUUCUGCCAAGCUGUAUAUUGUAAUCAAUUAGAAACCUGCACUCGUCCUCCAUUAAUUAGAAAAAAAAAUUUUAUCUCCUCCUCUCCCCCUUUAUUCUAUUAGCAUAAAACCAAUUCAACAUUUUGUGUUUGUGUUGAAAUUUUUGUGUUGUGCCUAUUUAAGUAUUGGAAUAUUAAUCAGUAUUUAUUUGUUUCUUUUUAACCAAAGCUUUUAAAAAUGAUCUCUUAAUUUUACACUUUGAUUGCUUAAUAUUUUCUUUCCAUUAAAUCGGUGCCUUCUCAAAAUUACUACAGAUUUGCUGAUGCCUAAUUAUGUGCAUAUGUAAUCAGAUUGUUCUAAAAUUAUAGAUUCUAUAUAAAUUAAUAAUUUACUUGUGAUUAAAAUAAAAUUAUUUUAAAAAAUGUGCAGAGUCAGAUCUGGUUUUAUUAUAUAUGUGCAGCUGUUUAACUGGGACCAGAAUAUUGUUUGAAAUCUUUGAAUGUUAUGUUAUAUUUGUUGCAACAUAUAUUGUAAUGGUAGUUCAGUACUAAGUUUAUUUUUUGUUGGCUUUUCAAAUAUUUUUAAUAUUCCAUGUAUUAAUCAAUGUAAAGAUUCAUUAAAAAUAUGAGAUUUUAUUUAUCCUUGUUCCGAAUCAAAGUUGUUUUUUACUCAAAAUGUUCCAUGGUAUCAUUUUUUGUUUUUGUUUUUUUAUAUAUGUAAGUGAAACUUAUGCAGCAUUUUAAAUGAGCUCAAAUUUCAUUUUAGGGUGUCAAAGAAAAGUUCAUUUGUUGGUUUGUAUUUGUUGUACAGGCUGGCUCUGCAUACAUAUUGUUAGUAAAUACUUUUUUCAAUUUAGGCUUUGCAUGUGUUUUAAUGUUUCUAAAGUCUUUGUUUAAUUUAAAUUUAAAAAAAUCUUUUACAGUAAUAAAUGCAUUUUAAAAUGUAUGAUAAUGUUUACAUUGGUUAAUGUUGUAGGUCCAUUCCAUUCUAUAUUUACAAGAUAGAUGAAUUUAGUUAUUUAUCAGUUACUUUACCUUCCAUCCAAAUGCAGUUCUUAUUUAAUUUUUAUUUAUGUGAAUAUAUUGUUUUAUGUGUUAGAAUAUAAAGAAAAAUGUUUAAAUGUGAAUUUAAUAUAUGUUUAAUUAAUUGCACAUAAAUUUAUAAAAUGUGAUGUCAAAUGCAUGAUUUGUCUCGUGCAACCAUAUCUUUUUAAGUUAUAAAGAGAUUAAUGUAAGGGAUAUAUAUUUUGUUAAUGUAAUUAAAUACAUUUUGUGUCCAGUCUUUCAUUCAAUGCCCAAUUGCCUGUUUUUGUAAUAAUUUGGUUUUAACAGACUGUCUCUGACAAGCUCUUUUAACAAAGCAAUUAGUCAUUUGGCAUUGUAAUAUAGAACUGAAAUUUUAUUAGAAAUUUAAAAUAGGGAAGGUUUACCACAAACAAAAUUGCUUUUCAGAAAAUUGUCUUUUUUAUCGUCAUACUUGCAGCUCUUCCAGUUUUACCUCCUUAUUUUUAAUGAAAUCCAUUUGUACUGUAGUAUAAAAAGAAAAAGAAAAUAAUAUACACAAUGUGAUAUAUGUGUAUGUCCUUAUUUCCUUUGUUUUUUUUUUUGUAUUUAAAUGGACAUGGAUGUUCCCAUAGUAAAACUGUAUUUGUGUACAGAUUAUGUAUAUAUUUGCUUAUCGUGUUAUGUUUUGCCAUGCUUCGAAUUAUAAUCUGAAUAUGUUUGUAAAUGUGUAAAGGAAGUGGGUUUCAUUACAAGCGGAGGUGAAUGCUGUUAGUUCUCAAUUUAGUCUAAACAAAAAUUCAUAUGAUAUUUAAAAAUUCGUAUAGACUUAAAUAAAUAUUACUUAUUUACAGAUGGAUGUAAAUAAUAUUUGUGAUUAA